AUGACGGUAAAAGCUCAUAAUGGAUUGGAUGCCCUAAUGCAACUGGACAACAACCAGAUCAGCUGCAUCGAAGAUGGAGCCUUCCGAGCCCUGCGCGACCUGGAGAUCCUUACUCUCAACAAUAACAACAUCACCCGCAUUCCUGUUACCAGUUUCAAUCACAUGCCAAAGAUCAGGACUCUGCGGCUUCACUCCAACUUCCUGCACUGCGACUGCCACCUGGCUUGGCUGUCUGACUGGCUGCGACAGAGGCGCACCAUCGGGCAGUUCACCUUCUGCUUGGCGCCUGUAAAUCUGCGGGGUUUUCUUGUGGCAGAGGUUCAGAAGAAGGACUUUGUCUGCUCUGGUUCCCAGUCUGAACCUCCAUCAUGCAGUGCCAGUUCCAUCACUUGCCCAUCUGCCUGCACCUGCAGCAACAAUGUAGUGGAUUGUCGAGGAAGGAGCUUGACAGAAAUUCCAGCUAACCUACCAGAGGACAUUUGGGAAAUACGUUUGGAACAAAACCUCAUCAAAAUCAUCCCCCCUGGAGCUUUUACCCAGUACAAGAAGCUUAAGAGAAUAGACAUCAGCAAGAAUCAAAUAUCUGACAUUGCGCCUGAUGCAUUCAAAGGCUUGAAAUCUCUCAUUUCAUUAGUGCUCUAUGGAAACAAGAUCACAGAGAUUCCCCAGGGCCUUUUUGAUGAUCUUGUGUCUCUGCAGCUGCUGCUUCUCAAUGCCAAUAAGAUCAACUGCCUGAGGGUAAACACGUUCCAAGGUCUGCAUAAUCUCAAACUGCUAUCUCUUUAUGACAACAAACUGCAGACUAUCAGCAAGGGGCUCUUUGCACCUCUCCGAUCGAUCCAGACUCUACAUUUAGCUCAGAAUCCAUUUGUGUGCGACUGCCAUUUGAAGUGGCUGGCUGAUUACCUGCAGGAUAAUCCGAUAGAAACCAGCGGCGCUCGAUGCAGCAAUCCGCGUCGCCUUGCCAACAAACGAAUCAGCCAGAUCAAGAGCAAGAAGUUCCGCUGCUCAGGGUCAGAGGAUUACAGAAGUAAAUUCACCGGGAAGUGUUUCAUGGACCUUGUCUGUCCUGAGAAGUGUCGUUGCGAGGGAACAAUUGUAGACUGUUCUAACCAAAAACUCACCCGAUUACCCAGUCACCUUCCUGAAUAUACUACUGAUCUGCGUUUGAAUGACAAUGAUAUUUCUGUUUUGGAAGCUAUUGGACUCUUCAAGAAAUUGCCCAACCUCAGAAAAAUAAAUCUAAGCAACAAUAAGAUCAAGGAGAUCCGAGAAGGUGCAUUUGACGGAGCUUCAGGAGUGCAGGAACUGAUUCUGACAGAGAAUCAACUGGAAUCAGUGCACGGACGGAUGUUUAGAGGCCUCACAGGGCUGAAGACAUUGAUGCUGAGGAGCAACUCUAUCAGCUGUAUAAACAAUGACACCUUUGCUGGACUGAGCUCAGUGAGGCUUCUUUCUCUGUAUGACAAUCACAUCAGCACUAUCACCCCUGGAGCCUUCAGCACAUUAGUUUCUUUGUCUACAAUAAAUCUACUAGCUAAUGCUUAG